CAAAAAUAAAACCAAUGAUUCCAAUGUAAUGUCAAUCUAAGUUGUAUACCAUGACGGGUGAAGGUGAAGGUGAAAGUGAAGACGGGCAAAAGUCCUUCAAGUUGUUAGGAAUACUUGACAUUCAGAAGACCCCGUGCGCAAGAGAGUCUCUGCUGCACGGUGCAGGAGGCUCCCUCGUCGCGGGGUUGGGACACUUUUUAGUCACAAGUCGAGUCAAAAGGUCUUUUGACUUUGGUGUUGCGGGUUUCUUGUUGACAACUCUUGGAUCUUGGUUCUACUGUAGGUACAGUAAUGCAAGGCUCCGCUUGCAGCAGAGAAUGAUCCAGGAUGGGAUAAAGAACAAAGUUGUAUAUGAAGGAACCAGUCUCGACCCCUCCCGGAGGUCAGAUGCAGGCCCUGCCCGGAGCUCAUGAUGUUGCUCCCCCCAGGGAAUCAGUCCUUCAAAGUCAUUUCCAGCCUUUCAGUUCACCAGAACGGACACACCGCAAUUAAAGUGACUUAUAUUUAAGCUUUUUUUUUUUGUUUUUUUGUUUUUUUUUUGUAACUGUGUUUUAAUGUGUUCCUAAGUUAUUAUGAUUAGUAUUUUUGAAUUAAAUGUGGCAUCUCUAAUCCCACGCAAAAUUGGAAUGUCCGAUUUGUGAGCCAUGUCCAAGCCGCUCGUAUACGCCCCCCGCUGCAGACAUACUGCUGCUGACUCGGCAGUGUGGUGUCAGCCGUUUGCUUCUUUUCACAUCACCUGUUCCACCAUACACACCACGCACAUAACACCACAAACUGGCUGGCAUUACAUCGUUUGGGCUGCAUUUUAAGGGGGUGAAUCAUCCUUCAACAGACAGUGUACAAUUAAGAGCAAUUAACCAAUUAUUACAAUCCGGAUGUACAAACCGGCAUACAGAGUGGAUCCAAAGAACUUGGGGGCAAUUGGUUUUGUGCCGUUAAUAUAACGGAUAUAUUAUGGAUAAAAUCUGUUGGGGCCCAGGGGGGAUUGUCCCCUGCUUAGUUUAAUCAACUGUAAGUCGCUUUAGAUAAAAGCAUCAGAUAAACAACUGUAAUGUAAAUAUCAGUGUUAAACUCUUUAAAGUGACUGUAAAGGUAAAUCUGUGAAUGGCUGCAAACUACAUUGAAUGGCGUUAUUAUGUUAUGCUUAAAGCAUCAGCAAAAUUGGAGCAAUCAAAUGCAUUGCAAUAUCAACUUGCCUCAGUCUAAACGCUUCCAUGUGGGGAUUGAAUGGGUGGAGUUUCAUUUAUUACCAGACUCUGAGCGAUUGGGUGAGGGUCAUUGAUGACAUCAAGAAUUCUCUGUCCUAAUGGCCAAUAAAUGUUUUAGUCUCAUUGCA